AUGGUUUCCCGUAUUGGCAUAUCUUCAUCAAAACUCAUUAGUCGUUAUGCAAGUCACUUUAGAAAUCCACUUCCGGGCGAUAAAGUCAUUGUAGCGAUGUCAGGAGGCGUCGACUCGAGUGUUUCAGCACAUCUUUUAAAAAGGCAGGGAUAUUCAGUCGAAGGAGUUUAUAUGCGUAACUGGGACACAACCGAUGAAAAUGGAGUUUGCACGAGCGAUCAAGAUUGGAAAGAUGUUCAGUCGGUUUGUAAACAAUUGGAUAUACCUUGCAAACAGUUUGAUUUUACAAAAGAAUAUUGGUUGCAAGUGUUUACCAAGAUGAUCAAGGAUUAUGAAUAUGGAAUCACACCAAAUCCUGAUGUUUUAUGUAAUCGCGAAAUCAAAUUUGGAUGGUUUUUAGAUAAAUGUUUAGAAUCUAUUAAUGGCAAAAAUAAAGAAAAUACUUGGAUUGCUACAGGACAUUAUGUUCAACUUGAACGUACAGAUUCUGGACGAGUUAAAUUAAUGCGAGGAACCGACAUUACUAAAGAUCAGAGUUAUUUCCUAUCGACAGUCGCAGAAGAAAAACUUCAAAGAGUAAUAUUUCCAGUUGGAGAUUUACAUAAGCAACAAGUUAAGUCGAUUGCACGAGAUGCGAAUUUGAUAACUUGUAAUAAAAGAGAAAGCAUGGGUAUCUGUUUUGUGGGAAAGAAAAGAAAAUUUUCUGAAUUUUUGGAACAAUAUGUUGUAUCAAAACCUGGAAAUAUUAUGACAUUGGACGGAAUCGUUAUCGGUCAGCAUCGUGGUUUAUUUUCUUAUACGAUUGGACAAUGUGUUAGAAUACAUUAUGGGCCAGAUCGGCAUGAUAUCAAGAAUAAUUCUUUAAUCGUCGUGCCUGGGUCGGCAAAUCAAUUAUUAUUUUCUUCACAACUUGUGGCCAAAGAUUGGAUAUGGAAUUGGCAUGUACCUCCUGAAGGAAUCGGAGAAGGUGUUAACUUGCUUGCUCAGAUAAGAUAUCGCCAACCUGCUGAUCCAUGUAUCGUUACGAGAAGAUCUGACGAUAGGUAUAUUGUGAAAUUUAAUACAUCUAAAAGAGCCAUCGCACCUGGUCAGAAUGUCGUUGUUUGGGAUGGGAAUUGGUGUAUUGGAAGUGGAAUUAUUGAAAAUUCAUUAGCGAAUUAA